CACCAAAUAUGGGAAAGACGUACACUACGUUUGACGUCACGCUUGCGUCACAUCCGCUUCCUCCUUUCCCUCCCGAUCGCUCAACAUGGCGCCGAUUAAACACAUCAAACAGAAGAGGCCGACUGUAGGAAAGAAGUCCAGAAAGGGAGCAUCAUGGAAGUUCACCUUAGACCUGACUCAUCCUGUCGAGGAUGGGAUCCUGGACUCUGCCAACUUUGAAAUCUUCCUCAAGGAGAGGAUUAAGGUGAACGGGAAGACAGGGAACCUGGGAAACAUCGUCCAGGUCGGCCGCAUGAAGAACAAGAUCAACGUCACGUCGGAGAAGCAGUUCUCAAAAAGGUACCUGAAGUACUUGACUAAAAAGUACCUGAAGAAGAACAACCUGCGUGACUGGCUGAGAGUGGUGGCGUCGGACAAGGAGACAUACGAGCUGCGCUACUUCCAGAUCAGUCAGGACGACGAGGAGUCGGAGGCAGACGAGUGAAAACAGCGACACCCGGUGGCUGUUUCUGUGUGUGUGCGGAGAGACGAGAGAAUAAAAGUGGAAAAAACGAA